AUGAAAACUUUAAUAUUUUGGUUCUUCUUGCUAUUUGUCUGUUCCUACUGUAAUCGGGAUUUUAAGUCUCUUGGCCGACAUCAAUGGCGCUGUAAAGAACGGCUUCGUGAGAAUGUGAACGAAAGGAACGAAGGCCCAACACUUGUCACAAACAAUCACGAUUUGACUCAAAGUAAUGCUGAGAUGGAUGAUGCUGUGUUGAGAAACCAAGGUCGUAUUUCAAACGUCGACUAUGUUAAAUGUUGUUGCGGCAAGAAAUGUAAAGGUUUGCGAGGCUUGAAGGGUCAUCAAAGAUCAUGUCGCUUCAUCAAAGGUAUGUGCUCUGAUUUGCUAUUGCCACAUGAAGGAGAAAUCACAAACGAACACGAUCAAAUAAGUGAUGUUGACGAAGAUAUAUUUAAUGGCACGCCUAUUUUAAAGCCGGGCGUUAAACUUCCAAAAACUGAACAUGAAUGGAAGGAGGAGGAUCUUUAUUUUAGAGCCGAGCUGCCUAUAUUCGAG